UCAGAUAAUGGCGUGACGGGUUGACGGCUGGUAGAAGCAGACUCCCGGUUAGAGAAGAGGACGCGACUGUGCUGCCGUGUCAUUUGUCACCAGGACACCACUCCCGUCUUUCGACAAGGCGUAACGUUCAUUUAUAAGUUACUGUGCUAACGAAUGCUGAAAUGUCAGCGAAAGCCAUCUCAGAGCAGACGGGAAAAGAAUUCUUGUACAAGCACAUCUGCACCUCGGCCGCUGUUCAGAACCGCUUCUCCUAUUCCAGAGUCACCACUGAGACUGACUGGAACCGCCUCACUCAGGAGCACCCAUGGCUGCUGACAGAGCGGCUGGUGGUGAAACCAGAUCAGCUUAUCAAGCGGCGUGGGAAGCUAGGGCUUGUGGGCAUCGACCUGGACCUGCAGGGAGUCAAGGAGUGGCUGAAAGACCGCUUCAUGAAAGAGACCACUGUGGGCAAGGCAAAGGGUGUGCUGAAGAAUUUCCUCAUUGAGCCAUUUGUUCCACACACACAGGAGGAGGAGUUCUAUGUGUGCAUCUAUGCCACACGUGAGGGGGAUCAUGUGCUUUUCCACCAUGAGGGAGGAGUGGAGGUGGGUGAUGUGGAUGCCAAGGCCCAGAGGCUGAUGGUUGCAGUGAAUGAAAAGCUGACUGAGGACCAAGUCAAAGAGCAUCUCCUCACAAAUGUUUCUGAAGAUAAGAAAGGAGUCCUGUCUAAUUUUAUCGUGGGCCUCUUCAACUUGUAUGAAGACCUCUACUUCACCUACCUCGAGAUCAACCCUCUUGUUGUUACUGAAGGUGGAGUGUACGUACUUGACAUGGCUGCUAAGAUCGAUGCCACAGCGGAUUACAUCUGCAAGGCUAAAUGGGGGGAUGUGGAGUUUCCACCACCUUUUGGUAGAGAGGCGUAUCCAGAGGAGGCAUACAUUGCAGAUCUGGACGCAAAGAGUGGUGCCAGUUUAAAGUUGACAUUGCUAAACCCUCGUGGCCGAAUCUGGACCAUGGUGGCUGGAGGAGGGGCUUCAGUUGUCUACAGUGACACCAUCUGUGACCUGGGCGGAGUGGAUGAGCUGGCAAACUAUGGAGAAUAUUCCGGUGCUCCCAGUGAGCAGCAGACGUACGACUACGCAAAAACCAUCCUAUCUCUCAUGACACGUGAAAAACACCCUGAAGGGAAAGUGCUGAUCAUCGGAGGAAGUAUUGCCAACUUCACCAAUGUAGCAGCCACAUUCAAGGGCAUUGUCAGGGCCAUCAAAGACUACCAGGGUCCUCUGAAGGAACACGAGGUCACCAUCUUUGUACGACGUGGUGGACCGAACUACCAGGAGGGCCUGAGGGUGAUGGGGGAAGUAGGUAAGACCACGGGUAUUCCUAUCCACGUGUUUGGUACUGAAACCCAUAUGACGGCCAUUGUCGGUAUGGCCCUGGGCCACCGACCAAUCCCUAACCAGCCCCCAAUGGACGCACAUACUGCCAACUUCCUCCUUAAUGCCAGCAGUAGUGCAAAGACUCCAGCUUCCACAAGGACGGCUUCCUUCUCUGAACCCAGGUCACCCAGUGACGCCACUCCAGCAAAAAAGUGUAAAGCAGGUCUUCCAGCAGACUCUCUUCAUACUAUACUGUGGCCUCUGAAGAAUGUGGUCACAGCAGAUUGGAAAGCACAAGCUUCUUCAGCCUGCAGUGGAGCCAAAGCCACUACACUCUUCAGAAAAAACACCAAGUCCAUUGUGUGGGGAAUGCAGACGCGCGCCGUGCAGGGCAUGCUGGACUUUGACUACGUGUGCUCCCGGGAUGAACCUUCUGUGGCAGCUAUGGUCUAUCCCUUUACUGGAGAUCACAAGCAGAAGUUCUAUUGGGGCCACAAAGAAAUCCUGCUGCCAGUCUACAAGAGCAUGGCUGAUGCCACAAAGAAGCACCCGGAGGUGGACGUCAUGAUCAGUUUUGCGUCGCUGCGCUCAGCCUUCGACAGCACAGUGGAGGCCAUGCAGUACCCACAGAUUCACACCAUUGCCAUUAUAGCCGAGGGCAUCCCUGAAGCACAGACGAGGAAGCUGAUCAAGAUGGCGGACGAGAAAGGCGUCACAAUCAUUGGUCCUGCCACGGUCGGUGGCAUCAAGCCAGGCUGUUUUAAAAUUGGCAACACCGGUGGUAUGCUGGAUAACAUCCUGGCUUCCAAACUGUACCGUCCAGGCAGCGUGGCCUAUGUGUCACGCUCUGGAGGCAUGUCCAACGAGCUGAACAACAUCAUCUCCCGCACCACAGACGGUGUCUAUGAAGGUGUCGCCAUUGGAGGAGACAGAUAUCCAGGCUCGACCUUCAUGGAUCACGUUCUUCGUUACCAGGACACUCCAGGCAUUCAGAUGAUAGUGGUGCUGGGAGAGAUUGGAGGCACAGAGGAGUACAAGAUCUGCCAAGGCAUCCAAGAGGGCAGGAUAACCAAGCCUGUAGUGUGCUGGUGUAUUGGAACCUGUGCCACCAUGUUUGCUUCAGAGGUUCAGUUCGGCCAUGCAGGGGCCUGCGCCAACCAGGCUUCAGAAACAGCGAUGGCCAAGAACCAGGCUCUGAGGGACGCCGGGGCUUUUGUUCCCAAGAGCUUUGACGAGCUGGGAGAUGUCAUCAGGACUGUUUAUGAUGAGCUGGUGGCCAAUGGUACCAUCGUUCCUGCCCAGGAGGUUCCUCCUCCAACUGUACCUAUGGAUUAUUCUUGGGCAAGGGAGUUGGGACUGAUCCGUAAACCAGCGUCGUUCAUGACCAGCAUCUGUGACGAACGAGGCCAGGAGCUCAUCUAUGCCGGCAUGUCCAUCACCGAAGUCUUUAAAGAGGAGAUGGGCAUUGGAGGCGUGCUGGGUUUGCUCUGGUUCCAGCGCAGGUUGCCCCGCUACGCCUGCCAGUUCAUUGAAAUGUGUCUGAUGGUGACAGCAGACCACGGGCCCGCUGUCUCUGGUGCACACAACACCAUUGUCUGUGCUCGUGCAGGCAAAGACCUGGUGUCAAGCCUCACCUCUGGCCUGCUCACUAUCGGUGACCGUUUCGGAGGUGCUCUGGAUGCAGCUGCAAAGCAGUUCAGUAAGGCCUUCGACAGCGGCAUGCUGCCCAUGGAAUUUGUCAACAAGAUGAAGAAGGACGGGAAACUGAUCAUGGGCAUCGGCCACAGGGUCAAAUCGAUUAAUAACCCAGACAUGCGGGUGCAGAUCCUGAAGGACUUUGUGAAGCAGCAUUUCCCUUCCAGCCAACUACUCGACUACGCCCUGGAUGUCGAGAAAAUCACCACUUCUAAGAAACCCAACCUAAUCCUCAAUGUAGACGGUUUUAUUGGUGUUGCCUUUGUGGACCUGCUCAGAACAUGUGGCGGCUUCACACGAGAUGAGGCUGACGAGUUUGUGGAGAUCGGUGCACUAAAUGGCAUCUUUGUCCUCGGCCGAAGUAUGGGCUUCAUCGGCCAUUACCUGGACCAGAAGCGGCUGAAACAGGGACUGUACCGUCACCCCUGGGACGAUAUCUCCUAUGUGCUUCCUGAACACAUGUCCAUGUAAAAAAAAAAACCACGUCCCAGACUGGGACACCCUCGUUUCACUCCACAUACAUUUACUCUCUGGUUAUGACAAUAGCUGUCUCUUGGGAAACAAAGGGCAGGAUGACUCUGGAAAGUAGAAGUAUUAUCUAGUUUAGGGAUCUGGGUAAAGUUUUUUUCAAUCUAGUUUUUACGGAGACAAAGGGGAGUAUAUUUUUAGAUUUAGUUUUUGACAAAUAAUUUAAAAAGUCUGAGAUGUAACUGAUUCAGUUUUGAAGAAAGAGCCAAACCAAUGCAAACUUCAAAUGUGCAAAAUUCAAAACUGAGCGCCAGCAUGUCGGACCACAAUAAGUAUACUAUCGUGAUUGUGCACACAUAGUACAUGCAUGUGUCGGCCCUGUUGUCAGGAAAACGGACACCUAACACUUGUGACCUGUAAGGGAGGAGGGCUCUCUGGGGACAUGUUGACCAACGUUCUGCCUCGACAGCUCUUCUAGUGCUGUGUUUAAGUGUAACAAGCACACUCGAAAUUGUGUAAACAACAUCUCCAUCUGAGUUUUUAGAUAACUUUAAGCACUUUAAGAACUUUAAGCACAUCAUUGAUAUGAUGAGAACGUAAAAGCUAAGAUCAUGGUACAUGGUUCUGUUGAGCUAAGAAAACAUCGGUACUGACUACAUGUUUACGUAAAUGAUAUUUGUUUCCUGACAUCGCGUGAGGCCAAAUGCUGCAAAUUGCGCCUUUUUUUUAUUAAAAAAAAAUUAAUAAUGAUAAUGAAGGCUUCUGUUACAUAGUUGGCUUAAAGCACAUUUAAAAUCUGACUCCUGAUUUUUAUGGGGUCUGAUGAAAAUGCAGGAGCAGCUGCUGCUGGGAAAUGUUUUCAAGUUCACCAAUACACUCGUAUUGUCUUUUCUGUUCUGUUUGCAAACAAUAGUUCUGAUUUAUUUGAACAUGCAUCUGCCUGUUCCAGUCCACAACAAAGUGUGCUUAAGUAUACUUCCUUCAGAGUCUUGCACCUUAGUUUUAACACUAGUAAAUGUAGACCCACUGUGGGUUUUCUAAUUUCUUUCUGACUUUCACUCCUAUUAAGAAAGAUAAUAUUAAACCAAAUUGGUAGAUAUAACCCAGUAGUAGCUAUAACAGGGUGUAUCUAGAUUGAACAUUUUGAGAAUGAGGCAUUAACAGAUUAAGCAAGGACACAUACCCAGGAUCUAAAGCCUCACUUCCGUUAAGCAGUACAGUGCAAUUUGUCAUGAUAACCCUGCGCUGGUUUGCGUGUCCACUACAGGUUAAAGUUGUACAGAGUGCAGUGUGUUUAGCUCCAUCCCUAAAGAGCCGGACCGCUGUGCUUGAUACCCCAACAUUAGUGUGCCAAACACUGGGUCACUUACCUUGGUACUCCACUUAAUGUUUGACAGUGAAAUCACAAAUAAUUGCGUAACACUGAAGUGAUCCGGACUUUGCCACUUUGUGGAAACAGGGUCAGUAACAUUGACUUUCUGUUUACAACCCCUGUUGUAGACAAGUAAUUGAAAUUCAUCAACUACUGUAAAUUUGAUGCAGUUUAUUUUACACUACUCAAAUUAAUUUACUUGUGCUGCAGUUCAGAAUAUCUAUUAGGAAAUGGGAGAAUGUCAAAGCAGGACAGAGGAAACGCUUCAUGAAUGAGCCCUAUGAGUCUUGGAAGCAUCUUUAGUGAGGGACCAUGAAAGCAUUUUGCUUUUUUCUGGGAUGUUAUUGUUCUUGUAAAAUGGGAGAGUUGUUGACUCGGAAAAAUAAUCGUUCACUAAAAAAAACAAACUCAAAGUGCUUUGUAACUACCCACUCUGCAGCCUGUUGUGUUUGGUCCUUGUUUUGCUGUUUUUAUUUAACUAUGAAAGAAAUGCUUUGUUUUUGUACUAUGCUGUCAUAUAGUAUAAUAAUGAUGAUAAUAAUAAUAAUAAUAAAGGGCGUAUUGUUUUACUUUUCAUGUUAGCUGGUGUCCGUUAAUUCUGUGCUAGUGGAACAAGAGCGAGCUGACGGAGAGUAGAACAAUGAUUUCAAUGACCCUACUUAAAUAAUUACAAAUGGCUUUGUGAUAUCAGGGUCCUCACUUUGGUGAAAUUUAAUCAUAGAGUAAAAAUGGCAUAGAGCUUGAAGCUAUUCCAAAGAAAUGAUGAGGUGAAAGCUAAACAGUAUUUUACUUGCAAAUAUGGUAUGAAAGGACAGACGCCAAAAGCUGUUCCACUGUGACUUUGGUAGCAUUUGGUUGUUUUCUUUGUUCACUCAUCUGUUAUAUACAUGAUCUUCAAUUUAUGGAUUGCAAACUAAAAAUUAUAAACCUUUACAAAUUUAAA